CUUUCACAUAACUAUCACAAAUUCUCGCAGCCAAAUUAAGUUUAACAAAACAAAAACGAUGAAGCUGUCUAUACGCAUGCUGGACCAACGCACCAUCACUUUGGAGAUGAACGAAUCGCAGGAGGUGAGGGCUCUGAAGCAGAAAUUGGGCAAUUUACCCGAAGUCGCCAUGCCCGCGGAGAACCUUCAGCUGAUAUACAGUGGCCGCAUUAUGGAGGAUGCCAUGCCCCUCAGUGAAUAUCGUAUAGCCGAGGACAAGAUCAUUGUGUUGAUGGGUAAGAAGAAGGUUGAUAAGAGCUCGCCAGAGGAGAAGGUUGCCCCGACACCACCGUUGGCCGCUGGCCCAAAUGUUUUGCGCACAGAGGAUGUGGUGCCUUCACUAGCUCCCAAUGAUCAGUGGGUGAGCGAUCUCAUGUCAAUGGGAUAUGGCGAAGAGGAGGUACGCUCAGCCCUCCGGGCGAGCUUUAAUCAUCCGGAAAGGGCUAUAGAGUAUUUGAUUAAUGGGAUUCCUCAGGAGGUUGUUUCAGAGCAGGGAUUAGCUGCAAUCCCGAGCGUACAGACAAGUGAUCAAUUGCAGCAAUUAAUGGCAGAUCUUAACAUUACACGGAUGCGUGAGAUGAUUAAUCAGAAUCCAGAACUAAUACACAGACUAAUGAACAGACUGGCUGAAACCGAUCCGGCUACCUUCGAAGUCUUUCAGCGUAACCAGGAGGAGUUAAUGAACAUGAUUUCAGGCGGCGCAAGUCGCACCCCGAACGAGAUUGAACAUUUACAGAUUACUUUAACCGCCGAAGAAACCGCCGCCGUAGGGCGUUUGGAGGCACUGGGUUUCGAACGUGUGAUGGCCGUUCAGGCCUAUCUGGCCUGCGACAAGGACGAGCAGCUGGCCGCAGAGGUACUAAUACGCCAGUCAGAAGAGGAUCGAGACUAAUAAAGCGAUUCGGAGCACGUAAAUGCACCCAGAACAU